UACACAGACACAUACUACUUCAGAAUCAUGAACUGGCCAUACAGGGCAACAGCUGUUUGUGAUCCUCUUCAAAUAACAGUUAAAGAUUCACCUCCAAGGCCCAGCAUUGAGAUCUCAGGUGAUCUGAAGGAGAAGCAGUCUGUCACUAUAACCUGCUCAGCUUCCACUCCCUGUCCACACUCCCCUCCUAAACUCACCUGGAAUCUCACACAAGACCCUCACAACACAAUAGAGGGAAACACAGAUCGGACCUUCACAACUAAAAUCCAGGAGAACAUCACUCUGUCAGACAAACAUGAUGGAGUCACCAUCACCUGUUCUGCCACAUAUCCUGUGGAUGGAGGAAACUAUAAGACAGCAGAGGAGAGAAAGACCCUCAAUGUUUCAUAUGCUCCCAAGAACACCUCAGUGUCCAUCAGUCCAUCCGGUCCGGUGUCAGCAGGUAGCUGGGUGAACCUGACCUGCUCCAGCAGAGCCAAUCCUCCCGUCAGCAGCUUCACCUGGUUCAAGACCAGCAAACAUGAACCCAUCAAAGUGUCUGAAGGAGACUUUUACAGCUGUAAUGUCACUGAUGGAGAAGUUUAUUACUGUGUGGCCACAAAUGAUCUUGGUAAUGGAACAUCAUCAAAGAUCCAUCUGACUGUUAAAGGAGAUAGCUUAAUACGAUGGGGAGCAGUUAUUGGAGGAAUCAUUGUGAUCAUUGCACUCAUCUGCCUGGUCGUCUGUGUUUGGCGUUUAAAGUCGACACGUUCAACUGCACAACAGACUCAGAGUCAAACAGGUGAAGAGCUUGUUGUUGAAGAGCCAGCAAGUAAAGCAGGAGAAGAAGACAUCCAUUAUGGAGAGAUCGACUUCUCCAAGCGGGGACCUGGACUGCCCUCGGCCUCAAAGCAGGACAGUGGACAGCAGGAGGAUCCACUGUAUGCACAGGUCAAUGUGUUCGAGACAGCAAACGUCCCAGAGGAUCUCUACGCUCAGGUGAAGAGAAAAUGAGUAUUGUCGAUCACAUUUUGAUUGGAUCCAUAAUAUACCUUUUUUUUUAUCUAUACAAGUUAUUUUAUGUAGAAAUACACACCUGGCACCCGGACAGAAAAAAGACAUCUUCAUUUCACACAGUUAAGGGGAACUCAAAACCUCCACAUCCUGCAGCUCAGAUGGUGUUGUCAGUCAUGGUAAUAUCAUAAUUCAUACUUGUGAAAUGACCUGUUUCAGCUGUUGCUGUGUGAUUAGUAAUCUGCAUAUCAGAUAAGUGCAAAUAUAAGUCACAAAGCUCGAAAUAGGGAAGUAUUAUAAAUAACAACACGAGAAAGAAUUAUAGUGACCUUAAUACAAGGGCCGUUCUGUGCACACAUUACCAGUGUAGGACAAGAUUGUGUUUAAUCUGGAAAUGUUUGUGUAAUUUAUUAUUUUAUAUGUUACAGAUCAUUUUUUACAAAGCAAGUUUAAUCUCAUGUACUUAUCUACUGUGUUGUGUCUACAUUUUUAUUUGUAUUUGAACGACUUUCAAAAAUGAACAUAAAACAUUGUUUCUGCAUUUUAAGUCAUUUAUUCAUUGCACUGUAAUAAAAACCUUGGCAUUCAAUUCCUAAAAAUACCUGUUAAUCUCAGUUGCAUUUAUUGGUCCAACAUUUCACAUAUUGUGUGUAAACAUCACCUGAAAUCAGACAGUUGAAUCACAAACAUUACAAAAGUGGCAAGAUGAAUGAUGCAUAGUAAUUCCCACUGGAACUGUGCUACAAUGUUCUGAGUAGUUAAUUGACUUCUGAUAUGUAUUU